AGUACACCCCGCCACCGCUCCCCCCGCCCCCCAGCUCCGCCUCCUGCCAAAGGUUUCCGCGCCGGGAAACCGAGCUUCAGCGGGAAGAUGUUGUCUUCUCCGGCCCUGACCUUGACUGAGGAGACUGAUAAGUGCGACCCUGUUGGAACCAUCUUAAUCCAGGUUUAUGAAGACCUUUAUGAAUUAAAGGAAAAGUUAACCAAAUUCUCACGUAAGAAAAAAGGAGAGACAUUAGACAUUCAGAAUCUUGAAACAGCAAUCAAAAGGACUGAAAUGGGGUUAAAAAUUCACAUUGAGAAGUAUUUACAUGUUGUAAACCAUAAUGUGUUAACGACUCCUGUUACUGAUUCGAACUUAUAUACUCCUGAGUCUUCCAAAUGGUUGCUUCCAACUUUAAUUGAUCCGAAAUCAUUUAUUUUCCCUCUGGAAUCUGAGUGUAAACUUUGGCAACCCCAUAGACAGCCUGAUUCAUUUCCACGUGUCUUUCCAAGAGCAAAGCGAAAGAUAGGGUUGAAUGUAAAAAUCAUGCAGGAUCCUGAAAACAUCUACCACAGAGCUGCUGUAAAUGAGAACUAUGGAAUCAGUUUGCCAUAUAUUAAACAGAGACAAGCAUGUGUGACGCUUCAGAAGUUAAUAAAGGGGUCCACCAUAUCCAAUCUCACGGUUCUGCCAUCUUCUCGCCGCACAGAUCCCUAUUUCACCCCCAUACCAGUCUUACAAGUGGAUGCCAAAAAAGGGAUUUUAAGCUUGAUAGAACGAGGACUGAUUCCACCAACAGCAAAGAUUAACCUCAAGAAUCCACCCAUAGCACCCAGAGCAGCUCCUCUGCAUAGUUUUGGUGAAGCACAUAAGAUUCCAACUGCAAGCUCCAUUGCUGAAUCUCAGAAACCACGGCAGCCUCCAGCAGAAGUGAAGGGCUCUCCCAAGAAACAAAGAUCAAAGGGGAAAGGCAGAAGGUCAAAAGGACACCAUGAUAAGAAGGUCGUGAAAGUCACAACACCUUCUAGAAGUAUGAAAUCACCAUGGGAUUUUGACUUUUAUAUUUUUAAUGGUGUUGUAGACAAGACAGCCCCAGACUUCUUAGCAUUCAAGAAACAUUUUAUCUCAGCUUGGGGAAAUAUUUUUUCUCUCUUGGAACACAUCGAGAAGUUUCUCAGGAACUAUGCAAUACCAGAAGUCAAAAUAAAAAGCAAGAGUUUGGUGGCUCUCCUUCCAGAGUUUGAGCUGCAGAAUAAACUUAGCAAACCUGAACUUAUGUCAGUGUUCGAGAACUCAGCUGACAUCCAAAUGCUGUUAAAUUGUCCAGGGCAGAGGUACAAGGGUCAAAAUGGAAAGUCAGAGGCUGCAAGGAAGAUCCAAGCCACGUGGAAAUGCUACACAGCAAGGAAAUUCUUCCUCAUGUAUCGCCAGCAGAAGUGGGCAGCAGGCGUGAUUGCCAUUGCUUGGCUUUUAUAUUGCCAUAAGGCUCGACUAAAAAAGAUCCUCAAGGAAUCACGGCAGAGACACCUGGAGAAUUUCCGCAUUCGAGCCAAGCAUCUGGCAGCCAACUGGAAUCGCAUCAGGACCUCCAGGAGGACUAUUAUCCAUAUCCCAUCAUUAGGAUAUUCCCAGCCUGUGCGAGAACAUAUUGCCGAUUUCAACACACUGCAGAACAUGCAGCUGGGGAGACUGUGUGACAUCUUAGAUGCCAAUGUGAACGUCAUCUACAUCUGCUCCCAUUAUAUGAAUGACGAGUUAAUGCUGUAUUACAGUAAAAUCCUAAGUCUACACGGAGCUGUCAAAUCAGGGAACCCUGGGGACAGAAGUGACCUGAAGCACAGGUUCAAAAUUAUCACCCCUGAAGCUGUAAACAUCUUCCCUAAGCAUCACAUGUGCCUGGCCACUUACCUGAUGUACAGUCCCAAGGCACUGAAACGAAUAAAAAAUCUCAUCCAAGGAAAAGAGGCCUACAUUGUCAGCGGGCUCCUGCACAGAGAUGACUUAGCUGUGGCAGAUAUAUUAGACAUACCCAUCCUGGGCUCAGAGCCUGAAGUAACUCACCUUUAUACGAGCAAGUCUGGAAGUAAACGAAUCUUUGACGGUGCCAAUGUGCCAGUCCCUCCAGCAAUAUGUCACCUCUAUAAUCAGCAACAGAUGAUUGAACAGGUGAGUCAGCUGAUAGCCGAUCACCUGCAAAUCCAUCGCUGGCUCUUUAAAAUGGACUAUGAGUUCCAAGGAAAUGGGACUGCAUUUUGUGACAUUCCUUGCUACCUAAAGUGCUACGAGUGGCUGCUAAAGGAGAGCAGCAGAUACGGCCCCCAAAACUGGAGGAAGAAAUGGGCACAAGAGCCAGCUUUGGCGAAGAUCUCCAAGGAGCUGGCGGGCAUUUUAGCACAGCACGCACAGCCAGUCAGUGAGAAACGCUUCCCGACGUGGAGGAAAUUCCUCCAAACAUUCCUCAGUCAAGGGGGCGUGGUCGAGGCGUUCCCACCGACAGACAAUGUCACCAACCUGACAGUAGACAUGCUGAUAGAGCCCAACGGAGACAUCAGUGUGCUGUCCACGGGGGACCAGUUUCACGCCGAUGGCCCCUUCAUCUCCUCCGGUACCACCGUGCCUCAGACCUCAGUGAAUCCCGAAGCUCUCAGUUAUUUGUGCCUCCAAAUCGGAAAGGCCUGCAAAAUGAGAGAUGUGGUUGGUUACUUUUCUGUAGAUUUUGUGACUUUUAUUGAUCCGGACACCUUGGAACAGCAGGUGUGGGCAACCGGCCUUAACCUCGCCUAUAGUGACCAGCUGGCCCUGACUCAACUCAUCUUAUACCUGACAAAUGGCCAUCUGGACUGCAGCUUGGGCACCCUCGAAGUGCCCCGCUUUGUUCCAAAGAGUGAAAAGAAAAUGAACCCCACUAAGUGUGUCUCAGUGCCGACCCUGGCAACCAGUCGCUAUGCAGUGGCGACCACCCAGCUGAGGCACAACAAUCUCUCACUAGUUUUCCACUACGUGUUCCUCCAGCUAUGCAGGGCCCAUGGCAUCGGCUAUGACCUCGAGGACAGACAAGGAACUAUUUUUUUAUUAUAUGAGCACCUGAAGAGAGAGAAGUUGGGAAUGUUGUGAGUAUGAAUCGUCUCUAUAAGAUGGA